UCGUUUUGGUUGUGCUGAAUCCUAACUCCACUACUCCACUCCAGUCCAGCCCUAACUCCAGAGUCCAGUCUCCAGGAACGCUCUCUGCCUCUCUCACACUCAGUCCUGAGCUCCUCUCAUCGAGCUCCUGGUCCUCCCUCACUCCCGUCCAGCCACCGCCGGCUCCCUCACUUCCCCUCCAUCGCGCAGCCACCGUGCAAACGUGCAAGCCUCCGUCGCGCAGGCAUGGUCCCGCCGGUGCUAGCUCUGUUCCACCGCAGCCACUGCCCCGUUCGAAGGUGCUCCUCUUCUCGGUGUCUUCCUCUUGCGUGCUCUGUUCAAGGCUUCUAGGUUCUAGCUUUUAGACCGGUAAACCAGUGAACCAGUGACUAGAACGGUUCGAUGACCGGUCCGUUUCUCAGAACCUUGGUUCUCAGUCCUCACCUCAAGCCCUGAACGCCUCCCAUUCCUCUACACUGCAGUUCCUCACCCCCAGAACAGUCACAGAAGUCUCCCCACCCCCGCAAGGAGUGAGAAUCAGCGCUGCCAGUUGUUGCGCUCAAACCCUAGCCUCCAUAGUUGCCGUCGUUCUUCUCACCGCCGCCGUCCCGCCAUUCUUCGCCAGCUUCUUUUCUUCGCGCGUCGUCAGCUUCUUCGCCUAGUCCAGCACGCCUUGUCGUCUGCCGCCAGGUCCAGUUCGUCGCAUCGCCAGUUUCUUUGCCUGGUCCAGUUUUGUCAUCCGUUGCGUCGCUAGGUCCAGCUUCGUCGUCCAUCGUGUGCUCCUCGUUGCCGCCAGCUUCUCCGCGUCACAUUCUUGCUCCUUCUCCUUCAUACUCUGCUCGUUUGAAGACCACCGAAGUUUCCCACUUUGCUCCUCGCACUACCUUGCGACCUCGCCUCCUACUUUUUCGAUCCUGUCUCAGUCUUGCUGACGCUCUGCUCUCUCCAGUGCUGGUGUAUUCUUCGUUGGCCUGUUUUCCCCCCUCUGGUGACUCACUUGCCGUCCUGUGUUAUCUGUUUUCGCCUCUCCUCCGCUUCUGCAUUCUAUCUGAUCUCCACGCUUCUGUUCCCCCGCCGGCGCUUCCUCUGAGCUCUGCUGUGCUGCUCCACCCCUUCUGCUAGUGAAUAGUUUUAUAUUAAAGGUUAUGUAAAUAUGAGAGGAAGUGGGAUUCCCAUCUCUGCAGUGUGCAAUUACUUCUCAACCCUUCACAGCAGCAAACAACAUUCGUUUCAGUAACCACAGUUUUCAAGUAAGCACACUUUUCAUUUCAACAGUAGUUCUCACCACAAUCAACCUUUUAGUAUUUUCCGCUUCCUUUCUCCGUGGAUUAACAAUGACUCCAAAACCCUUCCUUAACCCUUCACCAAUCUUUUCAUUUCGCACCUUCCAUGCUCCUUCAGCUUCAAUAGAAUCACAGUUAAGGUUUCUUAUUGAGAAAUCCAACCCUCACUCACUUUCUGAAGCCAUUUCCCUCUUCCACCGUGCCGUUGAUUCCGGUUCGGUGCCGAAUGAAUCCGCUUGCAACACCCUCAUCGAUAACCUGCGGAAGCAGAAGCUCUAUGACUCAGUCGUGUUGGUUUAUAGUGCGAUGGUCCGUGUCUCUGUUCUGCCAAGGUUCACUUCCUACAGUGCUUUGAUUGAGAGUUUUGUCAAUUCCCAGAAGCCGAAUUUUGCUUUCGCCGUAGUGGGGAUGAUAAUCAAGCGUGGUUUUGGGGUCAAUGUGUAUAAUAUGAACCUUGUGUUGAAAGGAUUUGUUAAGAACGGUGAUUGUGAGAAGGCCAUGUGCUUGUUUCAUGAGAUGAAGAGGAAUUAUGUGUGCCCUGAUAGAGUUAGUUACAAUACCCUAUUGAAUGGGUUGUGUAAAGCAAAGAAAUUGGUGGAGGCUAGGGCAUUUUUUCGGGUGAUGAAGGGUGCGGAAGAGGAAUGCCAGCCGAAUUCAGUUACCUUUGGUGCUUUGAUUGAUGGCCUUUGUAAGAAUGGUGAAGUUGAUGAGGGUUUUAAUUUGAUGGAGGAGAUGGGGAAGGAAGGUUUGGAUGCUGAUGUUUUUGUAUAUAAUUCUCUAAUUGGUGGAUUUUGUAACAAAGGUGACAUUGGGAGGGGUAAGGAACUCCUUGAUGAGAUGUUGAGAAAGGGGACUUCGCCGAACGUGGUUACCUAUAGCUGUUUGAUGCAUGCCCUUUGCAAGAAUGGGCAGUGGCAAGAAGCUUCGAAGAUGCUGAAUGAUAUGGUGUCUCGUGGAAUCCAGCUUGAUGUUGUUGCUUAUACAGUUGUCAUUGAUGGGCUUUCCAAGAACGGGAGGGUGUCUGAUGCGAUGAGAGUGUUGGAUUUGAUGAUGCAAAAGGGGGAAGAAGCAAGUGCUGUAACUUACAAUGUCAUGAUAUGUGGACUUUGUAAGGAAGGUCGGUUAGAUGAUGCACUCAAGAUUAUUGAAAUGAUGGCGGAUAAGGGGAAGAAACCUGACACAGUUACCUACAACACAUUGUUGCAGGGACUAUUUAGAGUUGGGAAAAUUGAACAAGCAGUGCACCUUUGCAAGUGGUUAUUGAAUAAGAAAUCUCAUAUUAAGCCUGAUGUCUUCACGUAUAAUCUUGCAAUUCAGGGACUUUGCAAAUCAGGAUGUCUUGGUGAUGCUGCAAGUAUCUAUAAUACAAUGAUUCGAAGGGGGGUAGCGGGUAAUGUAGUAACUUAUAAUUCCUUGAUUGGUGGUUAUCUAAAUGCUGGAAAACUUGUUAAGGCACUAGAACUUUGGAAAUGUGUAAUCGACUUAGGAAUUUCCCCCAAUGCAUUGACUUAUAGUGUCAUGAUUAAUGGUUUGUGCAAAAUACAGAUGCUUAGUAUUGCAAAAGGACUUCUCAAUAAAAAAUUAGCUCAUGGAAUUAGACCCUCGGUGACUGAUUAUAAUGCUGUAAUGGCUGCAUUGUGCAAGGAAAGUAGUUUGGAUCAGGCAAAGAGAUUAUUUCAAGAAAUCAGGAAUGUGAAUCAAUGUCCGGAUGUUUCAUCCUUUAAUAUUAUAAUUGAUGGAACUCUCAAAGCAGGAGACUUUCAAUAUGCAAAGGAAUUGCUAUCCGAUAUGGUUAAGAUGGAUUUGGUUCCUGAUUCCAUCACCUUUUCAAUAUUGAUUAACAGGUUCGCAAGACUCGAGCAGUUGGAUGUUGUCAAGUCACUCUACGAGAGAAUGAUUGCUUUUGGCCAUGUACCGGACGCGAUUGUAUUUGAUACAUUGCUAAAGGGUUAUAGUUUAACGGGAGAGACAGAAAACAUCAUUCCAUUGCUUCAUCAAAUGGCUGAUAAGGGUGUUGUUCUGGACUCGAAAUUAACUUCUACCAUCUUAAAUUGUCUUUGUAACAUGUCAAAAGAUUUUGAUAUUAAAAGCAUUCUUCCGAAGUUUUCUCAACCUACAUCGAAAGAAACAAGCAUUCCAUGCAAUGAAUUCUUGAAAAAACUUCAUAAGAUUCAUCCAGAGUUACAAUUAUUUGUUUCAUGAUAAGUAUUUUUAUGAAGAAUGAGAUGAUGAUACUAAUAAGUUCUGUACUGUCUUUCAUUAUUUUAAUCAAGUACUUUUCUUUCUCAGGUUAAUUAAUCUAUUUUGUUGGUUAGGUUUGGUUUCAUUUCAGAUUUCUGUAUGACUUACACUAUAAUACCUUUUUGAAUCUCUAAUUUUGGUUAGGUAAGAAACUUGUAUGCUUCCUGCUUAGAUGUGGGUUGCUUUCCCAUUGAAUAAUACAUUGGUAUUUGAAUAGUACAUAUUUCUGUUAAUCAUGUGAAUAUUCUGUCAUAUGUAUGUGACAUUCAAAGACAACUUUUUGUCUUAGAUGGAUGAACAUUUGAAUGAUGUAAAUGCAAAUAUAGAUAGUGAGAAAUAUCAACCAAAGUUGAUCCACAUUCUAUUAUUUUAACAAACAAUGACUUGAUAGACAUGAAAUUUCUGGAACAUGCAGAAUGAUUUGGAUAAGAGUUGAAUGCUAGGUAAUAAUUGCAUUGCAUGAUAGCAUUGGAAUGUGUUUAACACCUUUACUGAGAUACUACGUCAUAAUAUUUAGCUUAUAUCGUUUCUUUUCAUUUUUUAAUCAAAAAAUGAUAUAGCUUAUAUUAGUUAUCUUUUGGAGCAAUGGCUUUUUCAUUUGUCCCCAUAAUUCCCUUCACUCUAAAAUGUAAGAAAGAUUCCUAGUUUAAAUUCUUCAAUUCUUGUACUGUGUUCCAAAUAUAUGUAUGCCUUGUGGGUUUGUGUAUGAGCUAUAUGUAAUUUCAUGUUUUUUUUUCUACCUUGCUUUUCCAUUGUUGCUAUUUCAAAUGGCAGGAAAGCAUCAAUUUUGAAGUCCGGAAUCACAAAUUGAUUCAUUUCUAGAUAAAGAAUAUGACAGUUAUUAGGGAUGAUGAUGAGUGUUUGCACUAGUAUCUGGUGGUACAAGUAGUCAAUCAUUGCUAACCCCAAGUCCAUUAAUCUUGGGAAUUGAAACCUCAUUUGACUAUGAUUUACAAGGACAAGCUGAUUCAUUAUGCUAGUUUUACUAUGGUGCAGUUGGGCAGUGUUCACGAAAAAUUCCAAAAAGAAAAGGAAAAGAGUGAAGCAGAGGAGUCACACUCACACUCGUAGGCUUUUGAGACGACGCCCUUCCCUUCUUCAAUGUCUCAGUCGGUUGUUGUCGCUAGAGAAGAGCAGUGGCUGGUUUGAUCUUUUUGUGUGCAGGGUUCCAUCCAGAAGAAUGGAGGGUGCGAAACGGUUACAA